CCUCUCUCCCUCUCUCCAUCUCUCUUUUCCGCUCUCUCUCUCUCUCAAUAUACAUCUCUCUGCAUUGCUUUCUCUCGCUUCUUCUCUCUCUUUCUCUCGUUCUGUGUCUGACAAGCCCAACCCAUUCCGCCCAGGCCUCGACAAACAUGACAACACAGCAUGGCUCGCCGCCCUUCGUUUUCCAUUACACCAGACCCAUGCAACACCAGACCCACGCAACAGCGUGACGUGGUCAGCGGCGCUGGGGCCUGUUCUGUUGGCUCCGGGGUCCGCUCCUCUUGCACUCUCCCUCCCUGACGAGUAGUGGCCCCAGAUCUGUUGGCUCCCGGUCCGAUCCUCUUGUACUCUCCCUCCCUGACGAGUAGUGGCCCGAGUUCUCUUGGCUCCCGGUCUGCUCCCCUUGCACUCUCCCUCCCUGACGGGUAGUGGGCCGAGUUCUGUUGGCUCCCGGUCUGCUCCCCUUGCACUCUCCCUCCCUGACGGGUAGUGGGCCGAGUUCUGUUGGCUCCCGGUCGUCUCCCCUUGCACUCUCCCUUCCUGACAAGCAGCCGGCCCCAGUCCUGCAACGUGUGGUGCGGUUUGGCUUGGCGUGAAAGAGCAUGACUCUAACAGUUGCUGGACAAGGGCCUCUGUAUUCCCUGUAGAUCGAUGGGAGACGCCUCCUGGUGCCUUGAUGACCACAGCUUCUUUUUCCUGUACACCUCAUAGGGACUACGUGUCCGAUUUUACAUGCUUAAAUUGCCAAAAUGUCAAAAGUUUGUCAUUCAACUUUACAGAUGUGACCGUCCACGACUCUACCUCGGGUAAAACAGAUGACAAGUUGUGAUGAAAAGCAGCUUACUCUAUUGUGACUCUAUUAUAUUUGGAAACGGGACAGUGUUUCCAGGAAUAAGGAGGGAAGGGGGAGUGCACAAGUGUGUGAAGUAAAGCUAGAUUAGCCAGUCUGUAUUAUUGUGUAGUUAGUUUGUGUUGUUGUAGGUAUUGUUUGUGUAUUUAGUGCAGGAGCUCGAGCAGACUGUUUAGUUACCAAAGAGGUCCUUCAUGACGACGCUAUCUCUAAUUAUUACACCGGGCAUCUUUAAGGGGUAAUGAGUCUUUUACAUUUUUCUACGUUUUACAUUGUAUUGACAUGCAGGGCUUUGAACAUUGCCCAUCCGGGGUUCCAUUCCCUGCAUUGCCCCCCUGGUACAGCAGUGACAGAAGGAGAGGGCGUUUCAGUUGGAGUGGGCCCACUUGCGAUAUCAAAGAUGAAGAGGAGAGCAGGCUUGACAAUCGAGGCCUUCGUUCUGAUGGGGGUCUUGUGCAUCGUGUUUCUGCUCUGGAAUAACCAAGCCACUCGACCCAAUCUAGACACCACGAGGCCCGAAAGAUCAGCCAAUCACGAUCAGCUCCUCCCAAAAGCCACCGCGGAAUACACGAGGCCGCCGGCUCGCCGGGUGUGGGACGUCUGUCACCAGAACCUGUCCGCGUCCAACGUCCAAGGCUUCUCCACCUUACCGGGCCACCUCAAAGACUUCCUGUACUACCAGCACUGUAAAUCCUUCCCCCUGCUGCUAGACCUGCCCGACAAAUGCGGCGGGCCCAACGGCUCCUCGAACGUCUUCCUGCUCCUCGUCAUCAAGUCGUCCCCCAUGAACUACGAACGCAGGCAAGUGCUCCGGGAGACCUGGGCCGAGGAGCGGCCGCACGCGGGUCUCUGGAUCCGCCGGCUCUUCAUCUCGGGGACGACCGGCGCCGGCUUCGAGAAGCGUCGGCUGAACAAGCUGCUGCAGCUGGAGCACGGGAAGCACGGCGACGUCCUCCAGUGGGACUUCAACGACUCCUUCUUCAACCUGACCCUGAAGCAGGUCCUCUUCCUGGGCUGGAUGGAGGAGCGCUGUCCCCGGGCGCACUUCCUGCUCAACGGCGACGACGACAUCUUCGCCCACACGGACAACAUGGUGGAGUUCCUGCGCGAGCACGACGGCGGGCGGCACCUGUUUGUGGGCACCGUCAUCCAGAACGUCGGCCCCAUCCGACACCCCAACAGCAAGUACUACGUGCCCGUUCAGGUGCAGACGUCGGAGUCCUACCCGGCGUACUGCGGCGGUGGGGGCUACCUCCUGUCCGGCCACACCGCCAUGGUCAUAUACAACGCGUCCAAGGCCAUCGGCUUGCAUCCCAUCGAUGACGUGUACAUGGGGAUGUGCCUGGCCAGCGUGGGGCUCAAACCCGCCAGCCACGGGGCCAUCAGGACUGCGGGGCUCCACGUCCCCUCGCAGAAGAUGGACUCCCGGGACCCCUGUUAUUACCAGGACGUUCUGCUGGUGCACAGGUUUCUGCCGCAUCAGAUUUACAUCAUGUGGAACCAGUUGCGGGACCCGGCGCUUAUCUGUUGGCAGAAGUGAACUGAACUGAAGUCUUCACGCCGUGCCUUAAAGCUGCUCAGUGACUCAAUAAGGACAGUGGAAGGCCUGGGGAGAGGGUGUCUCGGUGCCUGGGUGCCUGUUGGAAUGUAUGUCUUCUGUAUUGGUGCCGGGUUGAGGAAAUAACAGGGACGAUAAUAAUAAUAAUAAUAAUAACGCACACUUUCAUGACAAGUAACAAUGUUUCAAAUAGAAUCGAUUUCAGAAGGAAAUCAUGCUGGUAAAUAUAUAAUAGGAUGGGAUCAUUUUUAUAACCUAAACACUAAGGGAAUGUUGUAAGAUCUAUAUGUCUACCAAGGGGCCUAAAUAAGUGAAUUAAAGUGAGUAAUGGAUCUCUAGUGGAGACCGGGGCUGACUGUUGGACAGUUGUCUUUUUACUACAAUAUGGGUUCACAAAAACUGAAAUAAUUUUCACUAUGCUGUUAAGAAUUGAAGAAAGGGGAAGUUGUGUUCCUCCCAAUUAAUAAAGGUGAAUAUAUACAUGUUUUUA